UCACAUAAGGCUCAAGCAGCUUUGACUUUUCCCCAAAGAGUUAGGAGGGACCCUAACAAGUCUGGUUUAGAUGGAGGAGAAGAGCAAGAAGGACCACCGGGCUCUGCUCAACCAAGGAGAGGAGAAUGAACUGGAGGUGUUUGGUUACCGGACCCAGAAUCUACGCAGAGCCCUAUGCCUUAUAACAACCAUGCUGACGUGUGGGGUUCUUCUGCUGGUGUUCUACUGGAAGCCCCAGUGGAGAGUGUGGGCUAAUUGCAACCCAUGCCCUUUGCAAGAAGCAGACACUGUUUUGCUAAGAACAACGGAUGAAUUCCAAAGAUAUACGAGGAAGAAGGUUAUAUGCCUCUACUUAGCUACACUGAAGUUUCCUAUAAGCAAGAACCCAGAAGAACCCCUGGUGGCUGACCGCCACUCUGUCAUUAACCAUGCGGUAUUGAAGCCAGAAUUAAAACUGCGAUAUAUCCAAGUGCGGAAAAUCAGGUAUGUUUGGGACUACUUGGAGAAGAGGUUUCAGAAAGUCGGGCUGCUGGAAGACAGCAACUCCUGCUAUGAUAUCCACCACACGUUUGGACUGGGCCUGACCAGUGAAGAGCAAGAGGUCAGGACCUAUCCUGCCCGACCUUCCUCACAGUCUAUCAGAAACACAAAUUCUCCAGCUAAGAAGCAUUCUGGUACAUAAAAUACUGGUUCUUGGGCUCCACCCUCAUAAUUUUCAUUUAGUAAAUAGGAACUAAGGGUAGCGGUGAGAGCAGAAACUGCAUUUUAAGCAAACCCCCCCUCCAACGAUUCAUAUGCGCACCAACUCUGAGAAUUACCGAUCUGUUGUUUUUAAACUUUUCUGCUGAAUGAAAAAUGACGAAAAAAUGAACAAGGCAUCAUCCAGAUUCUGACAAUGUUUGCAAAACGCCUUAGAGAUAGUAUCACUGUAUAAGAUUUCAGAUGUAAUGCUGAUUACGUUGAAACACAAAAUGUUGUCAGAGUCAUUAAGAGCGUACUGGUUUCAUAGCAUUAAGCACCAGACACGUGAAGGAUUGAGCUAAGUUAGGAGGUGUAGUUGAUUAACGCAAGUUUACUUCUCCUAGGACACCAUUUCUACAGGAAGGAUUGCCCUUCACAUUUGUCCUUAGCAAGUGCCAAGCUUUACUAAAUAUCACAAAUAAUUAAAUUUAAAGCUGGUCCACACCGUAAAGAACUUGACAAUGUAAUGAGCAAGACAAAGAGUUUAGUUUCCCAAAUGCGAAGGAUAGAGGAAAUAAUCUACUUUCAAAUACACAGGCAGGUUUUACUCAUGGGUUUUUCUAGGGGGACAGUAAAGAGAGUGAAUAGAAUGUGAAGAUCUCCUCCCCCUACCCCCAUCAUUUUUUAUUUAUUAUUUUUUAUUGUAUUAUUUUUUCCCAUCAUUUUUUAAUGUAAGACUAGGGCUUUUUUU